UAACCGCGCGGUGAUAUAGCGUCCACAGAGUGACGGACAGCGAGUCUGGGCUUAAUUAGGGUUUUGGUGUAGAGAAAAAAGAGAGAAACAAGAGAAGCCAUGAGCAGAAGCUUGGGGAUUCCAGUGAAGCUACUGCACGAGGCUUCAGGACACGUGGUACAGGUGGAGCUGAAAAGCGGAGAGCUUUACAGAGGGAGCAUGAUCGAGUGUGAAGAUAACUGGAAUUGCCAGCUCGAGAACAUCACUUACACGGCGAAGGAUGGAAAGGUGUCACAGCUUGAGCAUGUCUUUAUCCGAGGCAGUAAAGUCAGGUUCAUGGUCAUACCCGACAUGCUGAAGAAUGCUCCGAUGUUCAAACGUUUAGAUGCCAGAAUCAAGGGUAAGGGCUCAUCACUUGGAGUUGGUAGAGGCAGAGCUAUUGCCAUGCGAGCUAAAGCUCAAUCUGCUGGUCGUGGUGCAGCACCAGGUAGAGGUGCAGCGCCUCCUGUUCGGAGGUAGGGUCCCCUCCUAAUGUCUCUCCUUCCCCUUCCGCUGUGCGGGAUCACUCCAAUCUAUCAACUUUAGUCUCAAAUCAAACCUACAGAAGGUGUAAGAGGAUGGUUCUCGUUAUGCUUUCGAGGGAAGGGAAAAAAAUGUAAACAUGUUACUUAAUCAUCGAGUAUUGCUAGGAUUUUUGUGUUUGCC